GUGUCAGAUAUUCAUAUCAGUAGAUUCCAGGAUCCCACACGAAUUUCUGACCUAGAAAAAUUCUGUUCUGAAACAAUUGAUGUGAUUCAGCCAGCACUUGUUCUAGCAACAGGUGAUCUGACAGAUGCUAAGACAAAAGAUAAACUGGGGUCUCGACAAGUAGAAGUAGAAUGGAAAAUGUACCAGUCAGUCCUGAAGAGGUCAAGGGUCAUGGAAAAAACCAAGUGGAUAGACAUCAAAGGGAAUCAUGAUUCAUUCAACAUUCCACACCAGUAUAGUGUUCAGAACUAUUACAGGAAAUACUCUGCCUGGCGUAAAGAUGGCUCUUUCCAUUACAUCCACACCACCUCUUUUGGGAACUACUCGUUCAUCUGCGUGGAUGCCACACUCACCCCAGGCCCCAAGAGACCCUAUAAUUUCUUUGGGAUUUUAAACAUGAAUCAAAUGGAGGAGCUCUCUGUGAUGGCAACACAAAGUCUGCACAGCAACCAUACGAUCUGGUUUGGCCAUUUCCCCACCUCAACCAUCAUCUCCCCAGCCCCAGGGAUACGAACUUUGAUGAGUUCUGCCACAGCCUAUUUGUGUGGACACCUGCAUACGCUGGGUGGGCUGAUGCCAGUCUUGCACAGUCAGCACCAUGGGGGCACCCUGGAGCUCGAGCUGGGAGACUGGAUGGAUAACAGGAAGUACCGGCUCCUUGCGUUUGAUCACGACCUCUUCAGCUUUGCAGAUCUUGACUUUGAGGAGUGGCCUGUUGUUCUCAUCACCAACCCCAAAUCCUUCCUCUACAGCAGUUCUGCUCACGAACCGCUGGUCAGAAUUCUGCAUUCCACUCAUAUCAGAAUUCUGGCCUUCUCCCCUUCUGCCAUUACCUUCGUGGAAGUCUCUAUAGAUGGAGUUCUCUUGGGGAACGCACAUCAGGUGUCUGGCCCUCUCUAUGUGCUCAAGUGGAGCCCCCAAAACUACAGUGAAGGGUUCCAUCACAUCGAUGUGACUGUCCAGGAUGCUUCAGGAAGAAUUAGCACACGGGGUCAUAUAUUUGCUAUGGAAGAAAACCUCUCUCUUAGAUUUGGGUUUUGGCCAUCUGUUAUCCUUCUCACCGACCACUACGUUCUGGCUCGAGUGCUCUUUGGACUGAUUGUGCUGAUUCAGAUCAUCUUGCUUGUUGUUUUCAGAUACCUCCAAAAGCCAGCACUUAAAGAAAAGCCAGGAUUACUUACUCUGACCUCAUAUUCCCUUCAUGUCUUCAGUAAAACAAACACCUUCUAUUACUCAGUUCUGGUUCUGAAUUUAUACACCAUUCUUGGACCGUGGUUUGUAGGUGAACUCAUAGAUGGCCAUGUGGGGGCCUGCUUUUCCUUUGGGGUGUUCGUCGGUGGUUCCUUCUUCCAGGGCAGCCUGACAUACGUGGUUGGGAUUUUACAGAUGUUGUUUUUCAACCUGCCGUUAUCGGCCUACCUGUGCUGGUGCCUGUUGCUGCGGUGCCAGGGCCACAGCUUCCGCUCCCACCUCCGGCGCGGCCGAGGCCUGGCGGCCGUGCCCCUUCACCUGGCCAUGGCUCUGCUCCUGGCCUGGCAGCUCUACUCCUGCUACUUCCUCCAGCGGACCUACGGCACCUUGGCCUUCUUCCUCUCCCCCAUGAGAACGUGGCUGGUGGCGCUGACCUCGGCUCUCAUUUAUAAAACCUGGACGCUGAAAUCCUCUGAGCUCAGAACUUACAUAACAGAAAUUAAAAACUGUCAGAGCUCCUGA